AUGCCACCACCGCCACCAUGGUCCUUGACGUCGAUAGAAACACCUGGUCAAGGCCGAAUGCAGAUCUACAACCCUCUCACCAGCAGCUGGAGCUACGGCCCGAAUCCCGAGCAUAAGGCCGGCGCCGCCUGUGCGACUGUGCUGCGCGGUUCCAUUUACUACUGCGGCGGACUGCGGGACGGCAACCAGAAGUCGGGGCCGGUCGUUCCGACCUGCGCGGUGUUCAACAUUCCUAUGGGAACCUGGUCGAGCAUCCCACCCAUGCCGUAUGCCGUACACCACGCGUCUAUGGUCACCGACGGCAACUUUGUCUACGUUGUCGGUGGCCGUAACGUCAGCAAGAACAGCGUUGAUUCUCCGGUUGCCUUCACGCAGAUUUACAAUCCCGAAACUAAGACGUGGCGUUCCAGCGGCCAGCAGCUAACCGGAGGGCCCAAGGCGAUGCCGUACGGGCGCGGUGGAAUGGGUCCUGGCAUCUCUAUGUACGGCAGCCUUUACUUUUUCGGUGGUGAAGUCAGCUGCAGAGGGACUGUACUUGGCAGAUGUCCCAAUUCGACCAUCGGGCUCACGUCUACCGGCGUUUUUAACCGAGUUGACAGGUAUACCCCAGCUACAGAUACAUGGGAUCGAGUUUUCCCGAUGAAUGUGCCCCGCCAUGGCUUCUACCCCGUUCUGGGGACAGCGCCAAGGAGCGCGGGGGGCGGCCCCGCGGUGUAUGUAUGCGGCGCUGGUAACAUUACGCCCUCUGACUUUGCCGGCCUAGUCGCCCUAGUGAUGCUGGUCCACCACAUACUCAAGUAG